AUGGCCCAAGUCCACGGGCACUGCGACCCCAAGUUCGCCAAGCUGCGCGAUCUGAUGCAAGAGUUCCUCGCAUCCGGACAUGACAUCGGCGCCAGCCUCUGCCUCAACACCGGCGGCGGCGACCACGACGUCGUCGACAUCUGGGGCGGCCGCGCCGACGCGGCCUCCUCCACGCCCUGGACCCGCGACACCAUCGUCAACGUCUUCUCCACCACCAAGCUCGUCACCCAGCUGGCCGCCGCGAUGCUCAUCUCGCCCGGCGCCCUGCGCCCCCGACGACCCCGUCGCGCGGCACUGGCCCGAGUGCUCGCCCACACCGCCGGCCUAUGCGCCGGGGCCGACGACCUGCGCCUCGAGGACCGCUACGACGCGACGACCGCCGCGGAGAGGUUGGCAGCCCGGAAACCGCUGUGGGAGCCUGGCUCGGCCGUGGGAUACCACGGGCUGACGCAGGGCGUCAUCGUCGGGGAACUGGUGCGCCGCGUGACCGGCACCACCAUCGACAGAUUCCCCGCGGAGGAGGUGCGCCGGCCGCUGGGGCGGGAGGGCAAGCUGCCGGCCGGAGUCGCCUGGGGUAGUGGCUGGGGAGGGUCGUUUGUGGUGAUGGACGCGCAGAAGGAGUUGACGAUAGCGUAUGCGAUGAACAGGAUGGCGAAUGGGGAGCAGGGGACCCUGGAGCCGGAAUACUGUAUAUAUCCUUCGUAUGAUGUCGUCGUCACAAUAGAUGAGCCGAGUAGCUAG